AUGCUAGACUAUGGACAGUGGGCAACUGUACAUAUCAAAUCCGCGCCAGCAGAAUGGAUAGGACUUUUUGAUAUAGAACCAGCAAUACAUAGAAUGAUGAUUACAGUCAGCAAUAUACCACCAGCAAGGAGAACGACAGAAGAACUAGAGAAAAUCAGCAGCAGUCUAGUGGAAUGUCCAUUAGAAUUGAAAGAACAAUUGAUAAAUGCUAAAAUGAUCCAAUUAGCUUACAGACAUUUCAUAGAUCAAUGGGAAAAUGGAAUUAGUGGAUAUGGCUCUGUAGAUGGUAAUGGUGGUGGUUAUGGGGCUGGAAGCGGAGGCAGCAAUGACGGCAGUGGAUAUGGCUCUGUAGGUGGUAAUGGUGGUGGGUCAGGUGGAAGUGGUGGUAGUGGGUCUGGAUUGGGUGGAGGUGGUGGUCCAGGCGGUAAAUAUGGUCCAGGUGGCGGCGGUAAUGGUGGUGGAUGGAAUGGUGGUAGCUAUGGUCCUGGUGCAAGCAGCAGGCAAGGGAGUUGGGGCAGCAGCUAUGGCCAUGGCAGGGGCUGGUGCAGGGCCCUGGCUCAGGAUAUGGCAGCAGUAGUACUGGUCAUGGCAGCGGAGGUAACAACGGAGAAGGGCAGUAUGGAAUCAAUGGUGGGGGCCUAG